CAGACGCCUACUUCCUUUUGCAUCAAUCAUUGUGUCGUUCAAAUUAACAGGCCACAUCUAAAUCUGUAAGAUAGCCUCUGUAAUACUAUAGUAAUCCGAAUAUUGUAACGCGUUACCGGCGGAGGUAGCGGCGGUGCGCUGCGCUGUGCGCUCCGGAGUCUCCAUAAAAGUUGGUGCGCGCAGAGGCGAGCUGUCAGACUGGGGAGAGACGCGGCGGAGCACAGACUGCAGACUCAAGUGAUGGAUCAGGGUCGAUCCCACUUUGACAAAUUCAUAUACUAAUUUUGAGCGCGCGCUGUGAUCCACCAGGGGACUGGCAGCCACCAACAGGACGCAGUUAACGCUUAUUAUCCGCCUGAGUGUUAACAGGCUGCUGCUUGUUUCUGGACUCUAACGGAAUAAAGAGACAAGGGGAGGGUUUGGAUGCAGGAGAAUCUCGGCUGUGCGGCGGAUAAGAUGCUCACGCUGCCACGUUUGGAAGACCAAUAAUCGUGUCUGAUUCUGACAAAAGCCGUUUUGAUUUCAUUCGUGGGGGGGAAAAAAAAGAGGCACCACUCCCGUUUUUUUUUCUGCCAAUCCAGGACACAAAUGUCUCCACAUCACAGACACUCCAGUGGAUUGUAGCAGCAGCCCCGCCGAUGGUUUGAGAGGGCGUUAAGGUGCGGGAAGGGAGUGGGACAAUUACAGGAUGAGUGAGCGAUACACCCAGAUCGGAAGUAAAGGGGCUCUACUAGUAAUGGUGCUUGUGAUCAGUGUCUGGGAGAUGGCCGUAACAACAGAAGGGGCUACAGCAGCGCAUCAUGUCCGAACAGGCACCUGUGAGGUGGUGGCGUUGCAUCGCUGCUGCAACAAGAACAAAAUCGAGGAGCGGUCGCAAACUGUGAAGUGCUCCUGCUUUCCCGGGCAAGUGGCCGGCACCACCAGAGCAGCCCCGUCAUGUGUAGACGCCUCCAUAGUGGAGCAGAAGUGGUGGUGUCAGAUGCAUCCGUGCCUCGACGGGGAGGAAUGCAAAGUUCUUCCUGAUCUGAAGGGCUGGAGCUGUGCAACAGGGAACAAGAUCAAAACUACGAAGAUUUCCCGCGGACAGAGAGCAGCUUUGGUAACGUCAGAGGCUUCACAGCGGAGUUCAGGUGAACCAACCUUUCUGAUUUUUAUUGGAUCAUCAAAAGAGAAGUAAUGCAAAGGACCUUUUCUGUAAAUAGAGACUUUCUUCUGGACUGCAAUUAAUCUUUGGAAAACUCUGAAUGCUUCUUCUUGAACUGGAUGAACAUCAAGGCCCGAUCAUUCAGCACUUCUUUUUGAAGAACUUCAUAGGAUAAGCCUUAUCGGACGACAGGAUUUAUUCUGCGACAUUGUCCUGCUUGUAGUGGAAACCAAUGAUGAACCUCGCCUAUGUGUUCAUUUCUAGACUAACAUGUCCUUUACAGGGGGAUUUGCUUCACAGGUUCACCAGGGGGAACAGCAGGUCAGUUUGUUGUAAGCCUCGCAAAUAUUCAAUACAAAAUGUGAUUUUCUUGAAAUCAGUCAAUUGUGGCUUUCUGCUCGAACAAUGUGUAGUUCCAAAGGUUCAGAUAUAGAUGAAAAUAUGCGGCUGAGCGGCAGAUAUUCAGUGUGAUUUUCAUAGAAAUGCACAACCAAAUCUAAAUUUGAAACUUAUCAUUUGAAACCUACUACACAUUAUGAGGACUGCUAAACUGAACUGAUGGAGGACCAGCGCUUUAAAAGUUCAAACUGAUCAAACUACCAGUUGUUAUCAGACAGAAAGUGGGAUCAAGUCGUGUUUUUUUUUUUUCUUCUCUGAAAAAGGACUCUGCCAUUUCCUGUUGCUUCUGCCAGAUUUUGUUUUUGUAUGACAGCUCUGGAGUUCAGAUUCUAGACAACAGUGUACAUUAAACACACAGCAUCUGGUCACUGACAACAAUGUUCCCAAAACAGUUUUUCGACUCAAAGUAUGAUUUUCAGUAGGUUUUGCUGACUUCCUUUGUCUGUGUAAGUGAUGACAUCCGUAAUAAACUAUGGUUGUGUAACUAAA